AUGAACGGUGAUGAAAAGUUGUUGAAGAAAAUCAAGUUAUUAAAGCAGAAGGUAAAAGCUUCAAGGAAUGGAGUCUCAUCGUCUUCUUCUCAAGAAGCCAACGGUGGAGAAUUAGAAGCAAUGCCGAAUGCAUCAAUGUUCUCGGAAACAGUAGUACCAAAAUUAGAAACGUGUAAUGAAGAAGAGUUAUCAUUGAAACGAAAAGCAGAGUUUGAAUUCUUUCAAAAUUGGAAAAAACAAAAAAAAGAUCGUGACUCAAGAUUCAGUUUGGAUUGUUUAAUGACUAUUUGUGAAUUUUUACCACCAAGAAAGUUGUUCACAAGUAUCAUGGUUGUUUGUAAAGAUUGGAGAAACGCAUUGCUAAACAAUAAUUUCUUUUGGUUCGAUUUAUAUAAGAGAAUCUUUUUUGAAGAUUUGAAUGUGAAAAAAGAACAAGUGGGUGAAUGUGAUUUUUUGCUGGCAUUCAAAACAAGAUAUGCAUUUGUGUUAAAACACUCAAUAGGGUCCUCUUUGACGAAAUUUCUCAAAAAACAAGACAGCUUGGUUGAACGUGCAUAUCGUGCAGAUGAUAUCAAUGAUGCAACAAAUUUAUUUUCUGAAUGCUUAGGAUCUCAAGCAGUAUUUACAAGAUUCUUUGACCUCCAGAAAAAACAAGUUGACUUUUCUCUACGAGCUCUAGAAUUUAUUCAAGAAGUUGAUGAUAUCAAGAAUGAAAGGAACAUCCUUAGAGCACUUUUAAACAUUUUAUUACAAAGAACCAUUGAUCUUACGGAUGAUAGCGAUGAAGAAACAGAAGCUAAUUUUAGUAGGCAUGAUUUAUCAGUACUAGACAACGUCAUGACACAAUUUAGACGAUUUACAAAGUCCAGAAACAGCAUUAUUGUUACGAAUAGUUUAUAUUUUGGACGAGAAGAAAAUAAUGCUCUUGGAGAGACUCAUAAGCUUGAUUUUAUUAUUUUCAGUACCAUUGGUCACUAUGCUGAAUUUAAGGCAACCAUUAAUUGUAAUAUCAUUGACGAUGCAUAUUUGGAUGGAGGACGGCUAACCAUUACAGGUCAAUUUUUAGGAGAUGAGAAAGCAGAACAUUUAAUGGACAUCAUUUACGAUGGAGAGAGUGAUCGAUCACGAUGCUCCUUCCAUCACACCUUUAUAGAACGCUGUAUAAGAGAGCUAGGUUUACAAAAUAUCGCUCCACGAGUGUUCGUCUACUUUUUACUCAAAUUAAUCUCCACAAACAUUGACGGCCAAUUGUUCUACAAGCUACUCUUGAAUAUUUGUAUGAGCUACCACAGUAAUAAUCGCACUCAAGUUAUUGUUCCUCUCGAUACUGAAGAUGCUGUAUAUUUCGCCAUCUCAGAUGAAGAGGAUGAAGAAGGUGAUGAUGAUUACACAGAAGAAGACAGAAGAUUUGUCGUUGAUGGAAGUGAUGACGAUGUAGAAGAAUUAGAAGAGGAUAAUGCAGAAAUUGAACUUGACGACGUUUCCAGUGGCUCAAGUGAGGCAGAAGCUUCACCUGUCACAGACCUCAAUGAACCAAUGGCUGUUUUUUCUGAUGACGAAGAUGGUGUUGAAGAAGUUAUUAUUGAGCUAGCGACAGAAGAACCCACAGAAGCAAAUGGUGAUACGAAUACUAGUAAUGUUGUACAGUUGGAUUUUGACGAAGAGUAA